CAGCAAGUGUAUGUAAAAAGAUCUAAACAUCUGUUACUUAUUGUCCAUACUGUCAAGAAAUAUACACAAUGGCAUAUGUUGAGAAAAGUAAAUUUAGGCACAAACAGAUACUUUAUUGUAUAUAUGUAUAUGUGUGUUCAUAAUUUAGAAGGUGACUUUACUAUUUCAUUCAGAGCAUGCUCAAUAUGGAAGUUGUUGGGUACUUGUUCUUCCAUUUUUGUCACUUCUCUUCCCCCCUUUCUUUCUUUCUCCUUGUAUACACUGUCCUUCCUUUUUUCUUCUUCUAAUAUAAAGUGAUGAAAGGAUUGCAAAGCUGUUAAAGGAUCCUUCCGAAGCAAUCGAGAAUGCCUCUAUCAAUAUAGACAAUAUGAGUCUAUCUGAACUCAAAGCUUUUGCUGAAAGAGGUGGUCUAGGGGCCUGUGUGUCAAAAGCUGACGUACUAGCAACUUCCUCUGAAGAAUUGAUGUAUUUGCAAGGCGAGCGUAUUAUUGUUCUGAAGCAUAUAGAAGAUGAUAUUUAUAUGGGAUAUUGUGAAGGUGUCAUUGGCAGUUUUAAUGCAGAAAAUGUACAUUUUGUUGAACUGGAUCCCCGUGUACUCGAGUCUUUAGACGCAGACUUGGACUUCACUACGGAUAAUUCGCAAUACAGAAACUCAAGUAGUAGUUAUGGUACAGACCAUUACCUUCAUCAACAGCAUUUGACCUUUAGAGACUCUUUACAAUCAUACUCUUCAGGCUCAGAUCUUCAUUCACAACAGCAUUACCGUGCAACAGGAAAACCAAGUUUCGAAAGCAUAGGUUCACUUCAUCAUCAACUGCAACAACAAUCGCAUAUCUCAUCCUCAUCCCCAUCUUAUUCAGAAGACAAUUUUGGUAGUGACAUUAAGCAAUAUGACCCCUAUGAUACCUCAGCAUUUAAUAUCGACUAUUCAGAUGAAGAGUCCUAUAAACCUUCACCUAGAUCUACACCAUUACCUAAAUCACCUACACCACCACCACUGUCAUCAACAACAAUAAGUGAUGAUAAUUCCCCAAAAUCAACAUCUUUGGAUAAAGACAUGAUUGUGGACGAAUAUGGCUUUGUGGUUAAUAAAAGUCAAGCAAGACUUAGUCGAUCCAACAUGUCUGCCAAAUCAAUGAGAGAAUACCGAGAAAAUGAAUUAAAGUGGCUGUCGAUUGUCAGCAAAUUAGACGCUGGUACAGUCAAAAAAGAUGCCAAAUUCAAGAAACUGGUUAGAAAUGGCAUUCCAGCCUCAGUUCGCUCUCGCGUAUGGCAAUUCUUGGCAGGCAGCAAUGACUACCGUAAAUCAAACAUGUUUAACGAACUUGUCCAGAAACCAAAGAUAAAGAUUUACGAUGUAAUUGAACGUGACAUUGCUCGAUGCUAUCCUGAUCAUACACAAUUCAUGGAUCAACAUGGUCAAGGCCAAAAAGACUUAAGCUGCCUCUUAAGAGCUUAUGCACAAUACAAUACCCAACUAGAGUACUGUCAAGGCAUGGGUCGAUUAGCAGGACUGAUGCUUAUGCAUAUGACUGUAGAAGAUUCAUUUUGGUUGUUAGUGGCCACAAUUGAUCGAUACAUGAAUGGUUAUUUUACGCCCACAUUGUCUCAACUGCGUAUUGAUGCUUAUAUCAUUGGGCAACUACUAAGAGAUCAUAAUCCUAAAUUAGCACAACAUUUGGAGAGCAAUGAUGUGCUGCCUAUCAUGUACAUUGCACAAUGGUUUUUAACAGCAUUUACUAUGACUUUACCCUGGGAAUCUGUAUUGCGUGUCUGGGACGCAUUUUACUUUGAAGGCAUUAAAGUAUUCUAUCGUGUUAGUUUGGCUAUAAUGGAACUUUGCAAAGAUUAUUUGCUUAAUUCAUGUCCUACUAACUCUGAACUCUUGGCCUUUCUCUUACAUAUUCCUCAUAAAUAUCUCGAGCCAACUGCACUGUUAGACACUGCCUUUCGCAUUAAUCUGAGCAAGACAGAUAUUAAGCGCUAUGCAAGAAAGGCUGGAACGGAAGAUGCAACAACAUCUGGCUUACCUUUUGAAGAUGGCAUUAAAAAUCUUCAAGUGAGUGGCCAUAGUAUAGGUGGAGGAUUCAAAGGUUUUGGUGGAAAGCUAACUAAAAAGGGCUCCAAUAUGAACAUUAAAGUAGGCGGUGGAGACUCUUUUGAAUAAACUGUAUUUUUAUGUCAA